UGAUGAGAGGGGGAUUACAUACUUGGCAACCAUCAAUGCUGGGUGGUUGCCUUAUUUGGCUGAUGAGGGCAUCCGCUAUGUUCAUUAGAUCAUACUUGAUGACUUCACUGCUAUCUUGGAGUCUACUACUUCUGUCCGGCCUUUCUUGUGCCCUAGUGCCUUUGAGUUUUGGAUCAGGCACUUCAUAGUAGUCACCAUUCCGAGUUCUUAAAGAGAGGGCCUUUGCAUUACUCAGAUGCAUGGGUAUUGGCAGGUUGUGAUGACCUCUUUUGGCCAAGAGUUGUUGGGUGGCCGUGGGUUUUCCCUUAUCCCUCUUAAGGGCCUUCAUGUUCUUAUUUCUACCAACUUUCGGUUGUUGCUUCCCACCAAGUUUGUGGUGGCGUAUGCUAGGAAGCAGAUGGAGAAGAAGGUGAAGGUAGUGAACCUUCCUACACAUGUGAAGAAUGGCUCGAAGUCUCGGAACACCAAGUCUAAGUUUGCCAAGAGAGGUGAUGACUCUUUCGAGACUUGUUCUUGUCUUGUUCCAUAUAAGGGAGGCCUUCCCCCUAUUAGCAGCAUAGUUCUCGAAAGCUCUCCUCCUCCUUUUGCUCGUACUCAUUCCAGCAGGUGUUCUACUACAAGAAAGCCUAAGCCUUUUGCUCCAAGGCCAUCCGUGGAUGUUCCUCCUUUUAGUAGGACCUGUGGCAGUAAAGGAAGACAUCUCCACUAGCCCCAUCUGCCACUGCCAAGAGGAGAGUGUGCUAUCUCUAACUUUUAUUCUUUCUUCAUUUUAGUUAUUUAUUGGGCUUUCCUGCGGCUAACUUUGUACACGUGUUUUUCUCCUCCACUGGCAGUCUAAACACAGAGGAUACUUCAGCCACUCACCUUAUACUGCUUGAUGAGCAUGAGUUUGAGGUUGAUCCCGAGCCCAUCUUUGUUUAUCACCCCACAAGUGAGGAGGUUCCUGCUUCUGCUGGCACACCUAUGGAGGGCUUCUUUGACGAGGCAAAUGAUGUGGUUGAGGCCAUGGCUUCUGCUUCUGCUGUUGCUACACAGGGAGCUCCUGCCAAGGCUUUAGUUCCUCCAUCUGAGCCUAUUUUUGCUAAGGAGAGUACCCAGGCCGAAAGAGUUGUUACUGUGGAGUCUGCCCCUAUUCCUAUUGAGAUCCCCACUCCUCAAAAGGGAGUUACUCUCGUAGGAGCAUCCUAGACUGAGAGCACCUCUCCUGCUACUCCUUCUGUCAUAUCUGCUAGCGAUCCCUUCAUUGCCCUCUCCCAAGCCAUGAAGAAUGGUUCUUUCUUGGUGGUCACCCUAUCUGCUAUCCCUAGUUCUGCCACCUGAGGGCCUGAUGUUGACUUGUCUUCAAAUGAGGGGUUAAAGGAGUUCCUUGAGGACUCUGAGGAUGAACCCAUUAUGAAGACAUAAGUUUCUGAUUCCAAUGAGGACAAUGAUGGUAAUGAGCAGGAGGCCGAGGCCAUAGUCACGGACAUGCUUGAGGGGCCCAAGACUGUAGCAGACCCCACAAUGCUUACAUCCCCUAUUUCUGCAGUACCCACAACCCUCACUCUUGUGGGUCCUGGUCCGUCUCUUAUUGAGGUGGUUCCAACCUUUCGAUUUGAGGUUGGUAGCAGUUUUGCCACCAUUCCUAACCCUGUGAGUAAGGCUGCUAUCUUCUUUACUCGAUUCAAUCAUGUUGAGACCAAUGACCUCGACCUUUCAGACUUAUGGGGUGUUGGAUCUCUUUAUGUUGAUUUUCGUGGCUUUCGAGUACCUAAGGAGUGUAUCACCCAUUUGGAGGCGGUCUAUAGCAACUGUGGAGAUUUCAUGCAGGGAUUCCUUCUCAGUCGUUCUACGAGGGACCACUUCCUUAAGCUGUUAGGGAGUUUGAUGAACAACAUUGAGCAUAACUUUAUCGACACCAUUUCUGCGAAGAGGAUCUUGCAGUGGAGGGUUGCAGUUCAAGAGUUGAUCAUAAUUGGAUUCGCUGUAGAGUUUUUGUUGGACCACUUAUGAGAGAUUGCUCGGGCCUUCUUCAUGAAGAAGGUCUAGCUUGCUGUGGAUGCCAUUGAUGCUUACAUCGAGAGCUUGAAGAAGGAGGUGGCAGACUUAGAGGCACGUCGUGAGCGUCUGCUUUUUGGUGCUACUGGCUCUAGCCACUUUGAGGAUCAGACCCUUAUUUCAGGCCUUUGAUUAGACACUAAUUCCUUAAGUUGCUUUAUUUCCUUCCCUUGUGUUUACUUCUUUCCCCCCUUUCUCUACAUAGUACACUUUAUUUCUCUAGCACUUAUUUUGAUAAGUCUGCUAUGACUUAUACA